CUGGCGGUGCGUAUUUCAGUGGAAAGGCGCUGAAAAAAGUUCUUUUUCGCCGAUUCCAAUCACACAACUCACCCAUCCCAUUAUCCAUUGCAUCUCAGUGCAUCUCGCGUGCUUGACCGUGACAUCACUGCUGCAGAAUCCUUCAACUCGAGUGGUAGCAGGAUUUUUAGUGUGUGCGUUCUCUCGCAGUGGUGAAAAAAGUAGUGUUUCUUCGCUUAUCAGUGCGCCAAGAGCACUUUCCUGGGCUGUCCAGUGACCCAGUGAAGAGGAGUGAGUGAGUGUCGCGUGGGGCAGGGAUUGAGCGAGGACUUUAGGAUGCGUUUCAGCGCCAGCAGUCGAGUGUUUCUUCGGACUAGAAGAGAGAGUGCUCGCGAGAGAUUUUGGACGUUUCUCUGGGUUGGCGCGGCUCUCUUGGGGGCCACCGUCGCCGAGGGGGAUGGCGUGCGUGGCCUUGAAAGUGGGGAGAAAGGCGCAGUGCCUGAUUGGCCGCUCGCUGUGAGUUAUGUGCGAAAAGUGCGGACGCCACGCGAACACCUCAGCGAGGAGGAGGGGCCGUUCCUCCGGGUGGCCGGACGGGGAUUCUCCACCCUCGACGGCACCCUCAAGCUAACAGCGUCGCCGGAUGAGUGCCAAAUCGACGGAGAAGCGCUGCAAAUCCUCACGGUAUCCGACUCUUCCCUCCUGGCCAGAUACCCUUCCACAGCCGGCCAAUUUGAUCACUUUCUCUGCGUCCAUCCGCGCCAAAACCACAGCGGAGUCCCACGCCACUUGGGGCCCAAAUCACGGAUUCACAAAAUGCACAUUUCGCCACCUGCACUGAGGCGGAGUCCGCGCGAUGCCAAAUUGGAUGACGGUGCAGAGAGAGAGAGGACGCAGCAGAGUGUGGAUGCUGUGGCUCAGCCGAUGGCCUCCAUGGGGAUUCGGAUUGAUGGGUUUCGCGUGGAGCACGCCGACAAGGAGCCAAGGAUGUCCGACGAUGGGACACCGGAACUCAUGAGUGAGACUGAAGUGCAUCUCCGACUCUUCGGCAGUGGCUUGCGCGAGAACAUGGAGAUUGUGCUGACGAGUCAGGCGAAUAUGUACGGCGGUUCGUGCCUGGUGACGUCCUCAGAGGCAUUCCCUGUUGUGCCGGGCUCUGUUGGCAAUAGAACGGCUCUCGUGCGAAUUAUUGUGCCUCACGUCUCGGGAAAUUUAUACUUUUGCGCAAAGGAAUCUCACAACGGAAGCGCGUCUGAGCUGGCAAUUCAGGCGGCACCGUUUGUUCAUCAGGGCACGGACAAAUGGAUGCGAUUGAGAAGCUAUGAGAAACUCCUGCCCGUGUGGGUGUCUCUAAUCAUCAUUGGUGUGUGCCUGAUGUUUUCGGCGCUAUUUUCAGGACUCAAUUUGGGUUUAAUGUCACUGGACCGGACGGAAUUGAAGAUUUUGAGAAAUACCGGCACGGAGAAGGAGAAGCGAUACGCCAGUCAAAUACAGCCGGUUCGGGAUCACGGAAAUUACCUGCUGUGCAGCAUUCUAUUGGGCAACGUCCUGGUGAACUCCACCUUCACCAUCCUCCUCGAUGGCCUGACUUCGGGCUUGGUGGCUGUGAUUUGCUCCACGAUUGCCAUUGUGAUAUUCGGCGAAAUAACGCCACAGGCCAUUUGCUCGCGACACGGUCUGGCUGUUGGUGCCAAAACAAUCUACAUCACCAGGGCGGUGAUGCUCCUCACCUGGCCGCUCUCCUAUCCCACAUCGAAGAUCCUGGAUUUGCUCCUGGGCGAGGAGAUUGGCAAUGUCUACAAUCGUGAGCGUCUCAAGGAGUUGGUUCGGGUGACUAAAGAUAUAAACGACCUGGACAAGGAUGAGGUGAACAUAAUUUCUGGCGCCCUGGAGUUGCGGAAGAAGACUGUCGGCGACGUGAUGACUCAUAUUGAGGAUGCAUUCAUGCUGAGCCUGGAUGCUGUGCUGGGCUUUGAGACUGUGUCGGAGAUCAUGAAGUCGGGCUUCUCGCGGAUUCCCGUGUAUGAGGGCGAACGCACAAAUAUUGUCACUCUGCUGUACAUUAAGGAUCUGGCCUUUGUCGAUCCGGAUGACAAUACGCCUCUGAAGACGCUGUGCGAAUUCUACGAGAACUCCUGCCACUUUGUCUUCGACGACGUUACCUUGGAUGUGAUGUUUAAGCAAUUCAAGGAGGGCAACAAGGGCCACAUGGCAUUUGUGCACCGCGUGAAUAGUGAGGGUGAUGGUGAUCCUUUCUAUGAAACUAUAGGACUCGUGACGCUCGAGGAUGUGAUUGAGGAGAUGAUUCAGGCAGAGAUUAUGGAUGAGACGGACGUGUUCACGGAUAACAGGACGAAAGUGAGGCGCAACAAGACCAAGAAGCAAGACUUCACUGUAUUCGCCGAGAGGCGUGAGAACCAUCGCAUCCGCAUCUCACCGCAACUCACUCUGGCAACAUUCCAAUACCUCAGUACAUCUGUGGAUGCCUUCAAGGCGGAUCUGGUGUCUGAGACGAUUCUGCGUCGUCUUCUCAAUCAGGACAUCAUCAAUCACAUCAAGUGCAAGGGCAAGGAGCGCACGGAUCCCAGUAUUUCCAUCUACCAACAAGGGAAGCCGGUGGAUUUCUUCGUGCUGAUUCUGGAGGGGCGCGUCGAGGUGACGGUGGGCAAAGAGAAUUUGGUGUUCGAGAGCGGCCCAUUCACGUACUUUGGAACUCAGGCACUCGUGCAGAAUGUGGGAGUCGUGGAUUCGCCCCAACAAAUCAUGGGCUCACUCCAGUCCCUCAACAUGGACGCAAUGCUGCGCCACACCUUCGUGCCGGACUAUUCCGUGAGGGCUGUGACGGAGGUGGUGUACAUUGCCAUUCGGCGCACGCUGUAUCUGGCCGCGAAGAGGGCCACCCUGAUGGAGCGGUCGCAGAAGUUUGGCGACCAGAGCAGCGAUGCUAUCGAUGAUGAGGUGCAGAAGUUGCUUCACUCCCUCGAUGAGGAUGAUCGCAGUAUUGGUGCUGAUACUGCCAAUUUGAUGGUGAAUACGCCAAAAAUGAUGAGCAAACCGCCUAGCAAAUCACCGUCUCCCACUCCAAUCGCUGUGGUGAGCAAUCUUGACGAGGAGUUGGCUAUGAAGAGCGCUGGCCUGAACUCGAGUGCCACCGUGAACAGCAUUGGCCUCAACAAUGGGGGCUCCAGUGCCAGGAGUCACAGUAUACCUAAUCAAAACUUCAAGAUGAUCGGGAAUGAUCCAACACAAACACCUCUUCUGCCCCGCUCGAAGUCUUAGCGAAACGCCGCGCCUCCUUUGUCACUGAAGGAGCCAAGUUAUGGGCAGGAGAUGAACUCGUUGUAGGAGAGUUUUUCUCUUCAAAAACACUAUUUUUUUUCCUUUUUCACCACAGAAAAGUGUAUAAUAGCGAUAGAUUAGUUGGAAAGUUCUCUAAUUUAGGUACUUAUGGAAUUGUUUUAUCGGAUUUAUUGUGGCGAAACUUAUUUACUUAAGUAUUGUUUACUCAAUGUCCAAAAGAGUGUUUAUUAUUAUUAUUAUUUUUUUUGUUAAAGAAAUAUUGCUAGCAUAAGCGCGCUGAAAGUGAAUAAUUUUUACGUUUAUCAAACAAUGGCAAAUCGUAUUAGUUGGAGAUGAGGAGGAAUUGUUAUGUAAAGAUACUUGUGGUUACUUAACAUGUUAGAGGAUUUGAGGAUUUACACAAUAGAAUGAUAAAAUGUACUUAUAGGGUGGUAAACAACAACACAAAAUCAUACAUUUGAUUGUGAUGAAGGAUAUGAAACAAAUCUUAGAGAUUACAACUAUUUUCACACCACAAUGUAGUCGAGAGACAUUGGGAAAAUACCUCGUAGU